CUGGACGCAAGGAAGGGAGACUUGGGGGAAGGAAAGGAGAGGGAUGCUGGAGGGAGAGAGAAGAGGGCGCACAGAGGCGCGUGUGGAUGUUCGGCCAAGUUUGGGGCCAAUUUGCAAACGGUUUGGGGAGCUCAGCUGUGCUCCGAUUUAAGCCCGGGGAUGUGUGCGUGUAUUUGGAAGCCUAAGGUAGAUGGACGGGUGCAAUGGAAGGGGAGAGGAGUUGGAGGAAGGAAGCAAGCGAGAGGAUGCUGGAAAUAGGCGCAGAGUGGAGAGGGAAAGAUGGGUGUUUGCUGGGGAAAGUUUGGGCCGAAUUUGAAAUCGCCCCUUUAAAGGCUUUGAUGUAAACCUGGUUAUGUGUGUUAUGUGUAAUGUAAACCUGGUUAUGCGUGUAUGCUUGAGAGACUCGGGUAGGUAGAUGGGUGCAAGGAAAGGGAAGAGUUUGAGGAAGAAAAGGACAAAGAUGUUGGGUGGGAAAAGGCUUUGCGCGCGACUGGCUGGAAAGUAGGGCGCACGGUGGAGAGAGAGGAAAAGAGAGCAAAGUUUGGGGUCAGUUUGCAAACGCCGGGCAGGGGUGUUAAACUAGGGGAGGCCACUAAACCAAGGCUAACACGUUGUGUGUGUGUGUAGAGGGGCGUUGUGCUGUGGGAUUCCCGUACGAAGGACUUGGAGACAGAGAAGGAAGGGGAGAAAAAGCCGGUCCAAACUUGGAGAGGGAGAAGAAAGGUGGCUGGAGUGAGGUGGGGGAGAAAGUCAGGGGCUUAAUGGGAACCACAUGGAAAGGAGUCCGGCUCUGGCAUGAGGCAGGAGUGGGGGAAGAAAGCCUCCCCAGGGCUCCUUUUCUGCUGCAAAACAGGGGGACUUAGAAAGAGAGAGAUGAGCAUGAGAGAGGCGCAAAUCGGUUGGACAGGUAGUUGGAGAGGCUUCUCACACUCUUCUCUUAGGACACCUUUGUGUGAUGUUAAACAUAAUACUGUAGGGAGAGCGAAGGGGAUGUGUCUGUCAAGUUCUCUUUUUCCAAAAGGGGAAGGGAAGGGGGCAGGUAUGCAUGUGAGCUGGGAGGGGAGGGUGGGAAAUGGAGGGGUGUGUGUGUGUGUGAGAUAGAGAGAAAGGAACCUGGUGCAGGGAGGGAGCCCCUCUUUGCACAGGCCCGGCGCAAAAAGCUUUGCAGGAAAGUCCUGCAAAUAAAAGCGCUACUUUUUGCAAAGAGUGAUGGUGGGGACAGACUGCACACAGAAAUAGUUGCAAGGUUUAUCCAGGGAAGUAGUGGUGGGGGCAGAGAUACCCAGAACAAGGUGGUCUUUGCACAAGAAGCCAGUUGUGUAUGUGUGUGUUUGGGGAGAAAGAAUUGGGAUCCAGGGAUCGCUUUGCUCAAACGUCCAUCCCAGGAACGAGGGGAGUGUCAGAGCUUGCCUUCGCAGAUCCUCCUUCCAUGUCCAUUCAGCACAAUUUUAUUCCCCCCUUUCUCCCUCCCCUCUCUUCCCUAUCGCUUCCCAUUGCAAUGAAGCAGAUGUCCAACACUUCAAGGUCCUCUUUUUGCUCCUCGUUCCCUGGGCUUGGCUUAACUGUGGUCAUUUCUUUAAUCCAUUGGGUGCAUGGGUCAUCAGCAUUAAUAAUAAUAAUAAUAAAUAACCCCGGGGUAGUUUUGUUUUAGGUGUGUGUGUGUAUGUGUGUGGCAAAUGGAGUGGAGGAAGAGAAAGGAGGGGAAGAAAACAAACCCAGAACCCAAGCAAACGCCGAAAAGAACAGCUCCAUCUCCCUUGCACGCUUCGGUUUCUUCUUUUUACAACGCAAGCCGUUGCGCCUGGAGAAAGGGGGGUUGUGUGUGUGCAGCAUGUUUGCGUGUGCACGAAAAAUAGAAUAUGCAUGUUAUAUAUUUUUAAAAAUUUGAAUAAAUAAAUAGAUAUAUAUACACACAGCCUUCCUUCCCCUUCCCCCCAUCUCAUUGCAGAAAGCCCAAGACUAGCAGCCAUCUGCCAGGAACGUUGGGUGACAGCGGUUUAUUCUAGUCCUCUUUUCCUCUCCUUUGUUACAGCUUGAUAAAAAUGUUGUUUUGUAAGGACAUCUCGGGAUUUAUCGUGGAUGGGAAAAUUCAAGUCGAUGGACCCCGGAUCAUAGCAUUUGGCUUUAUGAAUUGUUGUCCUUCCAUCCUCUUUUUUCUUUGCUAUGUAUGUGUAUAUUUCUGCCCACCCCCAUAAUACCUUUUAUGAAGCGGCUGCAUCACCAAUGAAGAUGCAUUUGUGAUCAGCCUUCCCAUUGAUUUGGAGCGCUUGUUUUGCAGCUGGGGUGGAUGGGGGAUGCUGUCUAGAACCAACUGAUAAAGUGGAUUUUUUUUGUUGCAAAUACCCUCCCAACCCACUUCCAAACCCAAACAGACCAAGCAAAUCGCCUUUUGAGCAACUGUACCCCCAUUAAUCCCCCCCUCUUUUUGCUUAGCAUGGUGUUUUGAAAGAGGGGGAGAGAGAGGCUGGUCCUUUUAUUCCCUUGCCUUCUCUGCAAAAUCCGGAUAAUUUGAAGUCAAUCUGUUUUGUUUCCUGCAUGCCUUGCAUGAAGAGCCUGGGCUGGGGAAGAUAGGGAAAGGUGAGAAGGGCAAUAAUACAUGGUAAUAUAAUAGGGGAAGGAAAGGAAGGCAUUGGCCAAUUGUGAGGGUAAAUCAGCAGAGGCUGACCAUGUGGAAACGACCAUCACCCAUGAGGAUGAGAGCCUAACAUUAGGAGAGCCACUGGGGCUCAGCAUUGUAACGGGUGGAGCAGACCCCGACCUAUUAACCUGUGGACAGUGUCAGAUGAACUUCCCCCUGGGAGACAUCUUGGUUUUUAUAGAGCACAAGAAGAAACAGUGCAAUGGCGCUGGAGGUGCCUGCUAUGAAAAGAAUCUGGAUAAGAGCAGUCCUCCCCCUUCGUCACGCUCCGAGCUCAGGAAAGUGUCAGAGCCAGUGGAAAUCGGGAUCCAAGUCACACCCGAUGAAGAAGAUCGUCUUCUCACGCCUACAAAAGGAAUUUGCCCCAAGCAGGAGAACACUGCAGGGCCGUCCAGGCCUACAAAUCUGCCAGCGGCCUCCAUAACAGCCUCCUCCCACCCUCACGCAUCAGUGAUCGCACCGCCACCUCUCCGUGCUCUGACCUCAAUCCCACCCUGCCUGAGCCUACUGCCUUGCUGCGGUGUGCGCGCAGACUCAGUUGGCGGGGCUCACAGUGAGACAUCAGGCACAUUUGGAUGUCAUUGUCAGUUGUCAGGUAAAGAUGAGCCUUCAAGCUAUAUUUGCACAACAUGCAAGCACCCUUUUAAUAGCGCUUGGUUCUUGCUUCAGCAUGCCCAGAACACACAUGGAUUCCGCAUCUACCUGGAAACAAGCCCUUCAAACAGCUCCCUUACUCCACGCAUCACCAUCCCUCCUCCUCUGGGACCCGAGACUGUUGCACAGUCCCCGCUGAUGAAUUUCCUUGGCGACAACAACCCUUUUAGUCUCUUGCGAAUGACCGGUCCCAUCCUGCGUGAUCAUCCUGGCUUUGGUGAAGGUCGGCUCCCCAACACGCCUCCCCUUUUCAGCCCACCGCCUCGUCAUCACCUGGAUCCGCAUCGCCUUAGUGCCGAAGAAAUGGGGUUAGUUGCCCAGCAUCCCAGUGCCUUUGACAGAGUCAUGCGUUUAAACCCCAUGGCAAUUGAGUCUCCAGCGAUGGAUUUUUCCAGAAGGCUUCGAGAACUGGCGGGGAAUAACUCCACCCCUCCACCAGUCUCUCCUAAUCGCAACAACCCUAUGCAUCGCUUGUUGAAUCCUUUCCAGCCAAGUCCUAAAUCUCCUUUUUUGAGCACCCCACCCUUGCCACCGAUGCCCCCAAGCAGCACUACGCCUCCCCAGCCUCAGGCUAAAAGUAAGUCAUGUGAAUUUUGUGGGAAAACAUUCAAGUUCCAGAGCAAUCUCAUCGUCCAUCGGCGAAGCCACACGGGAGAGAAGCCCUAUAAAUGCCAGCUCUGUGACCAUGCUUGUUCCCAAGCCAGCAAGCUAAAACGCCAUAUGAAAACACAUAUGCACAAAGCUGGGUCUAUGACGGGAAGGUCAGAUGAUGGUCUGUCUGCUACAAGUUCCCCUGAGCCUGGCACAAGUGAACUCACUGGAGAAGGACUAAAGUCUAGUGAGGCAGACUUCAGGAACGAGAGUGAUCCUUCUCUAGGCCAUGAUAAUGAAGAGGAGGAGGAAGAGGAGGAGGAGGAAGAGGAACUGGAAAAUGAAAGUAGACCCGAGUCGAGCUUUAGCAUGGACUCAGAACUAAGUCGUAAUCGAGAGAAUGGUUCCAAGUCAUUGCCAGAUGAAAAGUCCCUUGUCCUAGGAAAAGUGAUAGAGAAUGUAAGCCUCGGUACUAUCCAACAAUACAGUGACAUGCUAGCUGAAAAGCAGAAAAGAGGUGGCUUCAUGAAGAGAUCUUCAGAUCAGCGAGAUCUCUGCCCUCGAGACCUUUGUCAGAGAGACACAGGUGAUGAAGAUUCAGUUGCUGGAGAACUUGACCGUACCGAGGAAGGGACUGUCAACGGUAGAAACUUUGGUCCAGGUGAGCCCUUUCCGAGCCUGUUCCCCCGCAAGCCCACCCCUAUCACAAGCCCCAGUUUAAAUAACUCAUCAAAAAGAAUAAAGAUAGAAAAAGAUCUGGACUUGCCACCAGCAACAAUAAUACCUUCUGAAAAUGUUUACUCGCAGUGGCUGGUAGGUUAUGCAGCAUCAAGGCACUUCAUGAAGGAUCCAUUUCUCGGAUUCACAGAUUCCCGACAAUCCCCCUUUGCAACUUCUUCUGAGCAUUCCUCAGAGAACGGAAGCCUGCGUUUCUCCACUCCACCAGGUGAUAUGCUGGAUGGCGGUCUCUCAGGGCGCAGUGGGACGGCGAGCGGAGGCAGCACGCCCCAUAUCAGUGGACCUGGCCCCGGUCGACCCAGUUCAAAGGAAGGACGGCGGAGCGAUACAUGCGAGUACUGUGGCAAAGUCUUUAAGAACUGCAGUAACUUAACAGUGCACCGCCGGAGCCACACAGGAGAGCGGCCUUACAAAUGUGAGCUCUGCAACUAUGCAUGUGCCCAGAGCAGUAAGCUGACACGUCAUAUGAAAACACAUGGCCAGCUAGGGAAGGAGGUCUACCGCUGCGACAUUUGCCAGAUGCCCUUUAGUGUUUACAGCACUCUGGAGAAACACAUGAAAAAGUGGCAUGGUGAACAUUUGCUGACAAAUGAUGUCAAAAUUGAGCAGGCAGAAAGAAGCUAAGGCCCCUUCUGGGUUAAAAUCUGGGGUCUAGGUAACAUUUAAGUUGUACAGUUUUAACUAUUGCCAACUAAGAAAAAGCUGACCUAACUUGCCUCCAUAAACAUAACUUAGCAUAACUAUGGCAGGUGCCAGAAUUUGGCACUUAAAUAUAACCUGUGUCUACAAAGUUCUAUUAAACCUGAGGAUUGGUUAAGGCAGUAAAAAUUGUGAAGCCUUUUAACUGUGCAAUAAUUUCUGUAUUUAUUCGGUUGUUUUGUAUUUUUUUUUUUAAUUUUGGCAUGUGCAGGUACUUUUUUUUAAAGAUUUUUUUUCUGUUUUAGAUUUUUUAAAAAUUUUGUUGGGUAUCCCAUUCUAAUUUUACCCAGUAGUAACCUGAGAUUAUUUGCAUUGCAGGGGGAGAUACAUAUCAAUUUAAAUUAUAAUUUUAAAGGGCCGCUGCUUUGUUGAAUCUUAUGCUAAGCAUGUGUAAUUUCUUGUGAAGAAGCCAGCAUUUUAAGUAUUCAUUUUCCUAUUUUCUUUCUAUUUCUUUUUACUGUCCUUAAAAAAAGAAAAGAAAAGAAAAGAAAAGAAAAGAAAGAAAACCUUUUGAAAAUUAGAAAAUAUGAAACAAAACCGCGGAUAACAAUCUUUUAAAAAUGUAGCACUUUCUUUUUGAAUUUGGAUCUGUUAUGUAGCACUGAUGUUGCCACUAAAAUAGAGGCCUUUAUAGGAAAAGGAAAUUUUCUUUAUACACUUCCAGAGCAGAAGUUGUGAGCACUGAAAAGAAAUGGACAUAGGUGUUUUCUAAAGGCAGCUAUAUUCGCACAAGCAAUAGCAAAAAAUGUGCAUUAUUAGUAGGUAAUUUGUUUCUAAUGUCUACUUUUGACCUUUCUGCCAGUUUAAAAUGGUUCAUAAAGCUUGGGACUCCUGACAAAGGCAUAUGCAAGUUUAGAAAGCAAUGACAGAAAGCAACCCUUGAUUGUUCUUCUCAGGCACCAUUUAUAUUGGUGCCUUGUUCACAUUAAAUACAAUACACAGAAAAAUUGGAGUUCUCACUUGAUAGUCUGAACACAGUUAUAACUAAUCAUUCCAUAGAAAAUAGAGUCAUGGACCAAAUCAUGUUUUACGUUGAACAACUUGACUAACAAGUGUUUGCACUGGAUUAAUUUAGUUAGUGCUGCCAUUCUGGUAAAUUUGCAUAUGACCUGAACUGUAUAUUUGAAUUUAAAAGCCAUAUUUUUUUUCAUUUUUAAGAUGAUGCAUGUACAUAUCACAGUAGGUGCUCAUCUUAAAAUGUCCCAGGUUUAGUGUCUGACAUCUCUAGCCCGACUGGGAAAAGCCCUCCCUGAAUUUUUGCAAAGCCAUUCUUAUUGUAGACUGUUCACAGUUAAAUAGGUUGUGUGCUUAAGAUGGAAAUGCUUUUAAUACAAUGCCAUCCUCUGAAAUUUGUAUGAUAAUGUUAAAAAUUAGGGCUUAGAAAACAGCUGUUUGGAUAACAUGUCCCACAACACCCCCCCCCCCCCCCCCGGCAUAUGGAGACUGGAAUAAAAAGGAACUUUUUUCAAGCUUUGUAAAACAAAUAUUUGAAAAAUAAAAAUAAAUGUGUAGUCCAAUCAAUAAAUGAUUUUUUUCCUUUUACUGCAACCUUCUGUCCCCUUACUCGGGGUAAGCCCUUUGGAAACAAUACAACUGCCUAGGAUUGUUCUGCACAUCUGUCAAAGGCAUUUAAAAAUUUAUUAAUCUAUUAAUCUAGCUAAUCAGUAAACUAAAGGUCAUAGCCCCAGUUUGGCUGUAAUGAUGCAUUAUUGUUACGAUCGCUGUUCUUAGGUUAUUUCCCCUGUUGUCAUAUCAAGCAGUAGCAGUAGGAGAUUUUAUCCAUGCGCUUGAUGCUCUAGUCACAUAAAUGUGUAUAAAAUCUCCUGUGCUGGAUCAACAAGUUUUAGCCCCCUAAUAAUUUUCAUUUAUCAUGACCAAGGAGCAUGAAAAAUAAAUCUCAAUUUGUCGGGUGCCGUAAGAUUUUUUUUCCUGAAUGAAAGUGCAAAUACAAGGGCUUUUUUUGUCAGCAACAACAGCAAUAACAAAGAAUUUUUGCACCAAAAAUAUUUAAUUACAGAACACAUGUUUUGCAAACUUUCUUACCACAAUUUUUAUUUUCAAAAUCCUGAAAUGUGAAAGGUCAUUGAAAACAAAAUCUCACUCAACAGGACAUAAAUGUUGAUUUUAAAAAUUCUUACAAGUGAGGAUUAAAAAGCAAAUAUUAGCACCUGUAAUUAUUGCUGGCUAGCAACUGUUAGCAUCCAUAAUAAUUACUACACUUUUAACAAGUCAAUCCAUAAAUAGAAUUCUGCAAGAGGUAUGUUGGGACCAUUCUAGAGGUUCACUUGAUAUAUAACAUGCAGAAGAAAAGCUUUGUAUGAACUUGAAACUGCUAGGUAAAGAAAAAAACAUGGAAUCAAAGUGUAUGGUCAGUACGUGAAACAGAGGGAUGGUUAAAAAGACUUUUAUCAUUCUGGUGUUUUUAAAAUUUUCUGAUGAACUCAGGUUAUUUAGAGUGGUUAGAAAGGAGACCUACAGUACAAAGAGCUCCAAACCUGAGCAUUAAAAUUGUACAUUUCCACUCACUGUUAAGUAAGUAAGUGGAAAAAGUGGAAAGUGAUUAUAUUGGGGCAGAAAAUCCUAAUUUCAUAUAUAAUGCAGAUGAGGUCUGAACUGACAGUGAAUGAUGAAGAAAGGGAGUUAAGAUGUAUAGUUGAAAACCCAAUCAAAAUGUUGACCCAUUUUUUGCGGCUUUGUGAAAAAAAGCAUAUCCUAUGUUGGGGAACAUGAGGGAAGUAACUGAAAAUAAAACUGCCAGUACAAAACAGUGGUGCAUGUAUGUGUAUAAUACCAUGCAGCAUUCUAGUUAGUGCACCUUCAAAAAGAUAAUGUAGAGUUAAAAACAUGUUUAAAAAAAUGUAGGGUUCCACAUAUGUACAUACCCACUAGCUGUAGUUAAGGAGGAGAAAACAUGGAUUGGACAGUGCACGUUACAUAUCAAAUGAACGUCUAGAUUGGUCUGAACUGCUUCAUUCAAAAUUUAGUCUUUUGCCAACAUAAAAAUCUUAAGAAAUUCUGAUAAGAAAGUUGCAACUCUGCUUACAAAACGUGGACCAAUGAAACCAAUGAGCCAAAUUGCAUCCUUCCUGGAGCCCACUGGCCAAUCUAAUAUGGGAGCAAUUCCUUUUUUAGUCCAAAUAUAGCAAUCAUGAGAUCUAGAAGAUUUUUUUUUUUUGCCACGACAGUCAUUUGCCAGCACUAAUGUUCCAACUCAUGAACCACUUUAUCCCUACAUAGGUUAAGUAUCCCUCAUCUGGAAUUUCAAAACCCAAAAGACUCUAAAAUUCAAAAUUAUCAGCAUGGGUGACCAGGAUAGUCACACAUUUGCUUUUUCAUGUUUCAGUGUACACAAAAUUCAUCUCAUGCACAAAAUAAGUUGAAACAUUGUCUAUAAAAUUACCUUCAGGCUAUUUGUAUAAGGUUUAUUAUCAAAUAUAAAUGGAUUUUGUGCAUAGAUCAGGUUCCCAUCACUAAGAUCACUAAAAUGCCCCAUGCAAAAUUCCAAAAUACUUUUUAUCUCAGAUAUUUCAGAUGAGGGCUACUCAACCUGUAUAUAGUUAUAAUUGCAUAUAGAGAGGUAGUCCUUGUAGGUAUGAAGAGUGCUGGUUCUAUCCUUGCGUCCUCUGCCACCCCUCUUUCCAUGUGUUGGGAAAAUGUGUCUAGAGGAGAGAAACUGACUUUGAUGCAUGGGUUGUUGAGGAUCUAAAUCAUGGGAUGUUCUGCAUGCAUGGAACAAGUUUCCCUCCAUAGAUAUGUAUUCCUAACUUGUGGACAACAGGGUGUUGUAGCUAUUGGGAAUGUGAUGAGCACAGUCUGGUAUCACACCAGAACUGAAAGAGUAGGCAAAGUGUAUGCAUCGCAUCUGAAAUUCUGUAGAAUUCUGAGGCUUGUAGUUUAGGGGAGGGGCCUUGAAAAUGCUCAACCAGAGGUCCUGAACCUCACUAAAUUCCAAACCCCAGAAUUCUGCAGGAGCCAGCCACAGGCUUUCAGAGGAGAUGCAUACUGUUUGCCUACUCUUUCAGUUCUAACACACUCCCUCCAUUCACACAAUCAGUUAUCACAUGUAGAAUUGGGCUUAUCUAUGUUUAAAAUUGCCAUUUCUUAGAAGCAACGUAUUUAACAAGAAGAGUCAAUGAACCUUAAUUAUAAACUGGCCAAAAAUCAAGUGAUAAUCAACUGGCAUAACAUUCUUGCUAGAGAGAAGCCAAAUGCAGAGCACAAGUCACAUAGGGUUGUCCACCAGAGGUUUACUUCUUUGUUGCAUACAGAAAUUUUCAAGCACCUGGCAAACCAUAAUACAUGGCUAGUAUGUUGCGGACAGCUUGGUGAAUCUCAGUUGGUGCAGAUCUUUAUUUAAUGGCAUGCUGACGCCAAUAAGCAAGUCUCUGAUCACCACUGGUGGAACGCUUAGUGGAAUGUUUGUCAGAAAUAUGAGUGCUCUGGAUAGGAAUGUGAACAGAAUAAAACACAUGCUCCUCUGUGUUUGCAUAUUACGUGACAUCAGUUUUUACAGGAAUGUGUAAUUGGCUUACUUCACACUUAUGAGCCUGGCCUUAGUCUAAAUAUGCUAGUGGUCUAAACUGUAUUCUAUCAUGCACAAUUGUGCACAAUUGUGUUAUUGUAAUAAGAAAUAGUCCAAGAUCCACAAACCCCAAAUCCUUUUAGAAUUGUGCCACUGCAGAAGAUAGUAAAUAUUGACAUUUUUUUAUGUUUAGGAAGAUUUUGCUUAUUGCAGACUCCAAAAAGGUGAAGAGGUGCAAAAAAAAUAAAUAAAUCUAUGAAUGCUUUAUAACAUUUGGAAUAACAGAAUUUGAGUCCUACAUAAUAAGGCGUUUGAUCGAAGAACACUUAAAUUAUUCAUCUAAAAGCUGAAUGAAGACCUUUGACAUUCCAAAUUAAUUUGGACAGGGGCUAAAUUGAGCAUUUUUUGGAAAUUAAUAUUUUAAACUUUAUUUCCCCUCAUGCGUUUCCAUUCUGCUUUUAUUCCAGUCACAUUUUAUAUAUUGCUUAGUGUUACUGGAUAGCCUUUGUUUAUACUAAAUCUCUUAUUCCAGUACCUGGCAGAAUACAGAGCAUAAUUCAGGAGCUUCACUGAGAGUGCUAAAACACCCUUUGAAUGUUAUGGAAGACACCAGAUCACUUGGGUGUCCUUUCUGUUCGAAACUGUUACUUAGCAGUCCUUUCACUCUUGAGGUUAAUUCCACUGGAUGGUGAAGUCAGUGGAAAUAUCGCUCUUGACUUAUUGCUUGCAACUUUUGUGGAGAAGGAAUAGUGUCUUGUAUAGCUAUGUUUUGGACUUUAGGUUCCCAGAAGUCCUAGCCAGCGUAGGAACUGGUAAGUAAUUAUGGAAACUGUGGUCCAAAAAACUUCUGGUGGUGGUCCACAGGUUACCCAUGCGGUGGCUGUCAAGUGAAUGGGAGGAUUCAUCUAUUCUGGAUUUUAUACUAGACUUGCAAGGAGCUAUCCAAAAUAUUUGGUCUUAUACCUCAAAGAGAUUCAGCAGCUUGGAUAAGUCCUUAAGUUCAGACUUAAACCCAGAGUAGAUUCACUACCCCAUUAACACCGGAUGCCCUGGGUUUCCCACCUCCAUUCUAAUCCUUUUUGUUUUUCUUUUAUUUUUCCAGAUCACAAUAGCUGUGCUCAUCUGAAUUGUGAAUUGGCCAUUUAAAAAAGUCAGCUUUUAAAAUCUUGGGUAGACCAAUAUAUUCAAUUUCAUUACCCAGGGAGAUUUUCUGGGAUACAAUUUGAACUCCCCUGACUUAGUCUAUCAAGAAAAUAGGCAAUGUUGUAAAAGUUCCACAUUUUGAUUCUGUUGACCCGCACUUUAAAACUUUUGUUUGUAUUCAAGACCAGCGGCUUCUGAACAAGAAAUUACAGCAUUUUUGUCUUUGCUUGGCCCAGAGGUGGGUGAAACUGUUAAGGGGGGACAUCUGAGAUUAAGUGUCAGUGUUGCUAAGCGUGGCAUUCACAAUACUGGCACUAUAAAGAAAAAAUAGUAAUUUAUUGGACAGUUUUUCUACUGCCAUUCAAUUUGAUGUGAGUGCCUUGAAAACUGAUCUUCCUAUUUGAGUCUCUUGAGACAAAUGCAAACAUUUUUGUGAAAUGAAAAGACUUUUAAAAAAAGGUAAAACAAGAAAAGUACGUUCUUUAGGAUUAAAAAAAACAAGAGCCACAUUUACUUAAAAAAACAAAACAAAAAAACCUGGUUGAAGAUAGUGGACAUGAAAAUGCCAUAAGACCCAGUCAAAUGAAGAUGUAUAUCCAGCACAACUUCGGACAUCCAUUUGCUGAAUUGUUCUCAGCCUUUUUCUUUUUUUUCAGGACAACGCUGCUUAGGAAAUGGAAUGGAAAUGAUUUACUGCUGAAUUAAAACUCAAAUGACACAAAUUGCAAGUUGUUAUCAUUGAAUGAAAAAAUCAGGAACAACGGCUAAUUUUUUAAGAGUUAAAUUUUGUGCACUCUGUCUUAAAAUACGUUUACAGUAUUGAAUACAUACAAGGGUAAAAAAUUGUGUGUAUGUGUGUUUGAGCAAUCUCUUUUUUUUCCUUCAAAGUUUGCUUAAUAGGUUAUUAAAAUGCCACAAUGGCCAUGUGUAUAUUGUUUUCUUUUGGUGACGGGGUUUUAGUAUAUAUUAUAUAUAUUAAAAUUUCUUGAUUACUGUAAAAGUGGACCAGUAUUUGUAAUAAUGGAGAAUGCCUGGGCAUUUUACAAAACCAGAAAGAAAAAAAAAACUUUUCUCUUAUUUCCUUGAAAAUGUUGCAGUAAAAUUUAAAUGGUGGGUCUAUAAAUUUGUUCUUGUCACUGUAACUGUAAAGUCUGAGUUUUAGUAAAUUUUUUUCUGCCUUGGGUGUUGAAUUUUUAUUUCAAGAAAAAUGUAUAGAAACUUGUAUUUGGGGAUUAAAAGGUGACUGCUACACCAUGUAGAAAAAGUACGUAGAAAAAAUGCUUAAUAUUGUUAUUGCUUUGCAGAUUAAAAAAUCACAUUUCUGACCUGUACCUAUUUUUAUCUCCCCCCCCCCCAUCCCCCUCUUCUGGAAUGGAUAUUGAUAUUGGUUGAUUCAUAUAAUGUAGGCACUUGCUGUAUUUUUACUGGAACUUGUAAUUUUUUAACUGUACGCUUGUCCUUUUAAAGGGAUUUAAUGUACUUUUUUGUUAGUGAAUUUGGAAAUAAAAACAAAAACAAACAAACAGGCUGCCAUAAUAUAUUUUUUUUAAUUUGGCAGGAUAAAAUAGUGCAAAAAACUUAAUUUGUAUGUCACGACCUUAUUGUAUAGAAGAAAGAAAAAUAAAUGGGUUGUUUGACAACCUGUGGGUAAAAGAAACAAAAUGAUUAUUAUUUUUAAUUAUUAUUUGGGUGGGUUGGGUGGGCAUCAGGUUUUGUUUUGUUCUAGGUUUUCUGUUCACAUUUUUAGUUGUGUGUAUGUGCGUGUGUGUGUGUGUGUGUAUAUAUAUAUAUAAAUAUAUAUAUAUAUAUAUAAUUUUUUUCAGUCAGAAAUGGCCUACAAAAAUAAUAAUAAUAAGUGCUGUUCCUACAGGGCAGUAAUAACUUUGAAGCUGCCUGGACCCCUUGUAUCAAGGCCUUCCCAGGUAUAGUUGAACUAUGAUGGAUGGCUGAUGCCAGUAGUUGUUAAACGAAAUUCAGUUUUUGUGAAAAUGUUUGACGUAACAUUCCACAGAUGUCCUCCUUUUUAAAGAUAUAAAGAGGUGACUUUUCCUGGCAAAUUUAAGCUUACCAGCCCUGAUCCAAUGGACUGCAUAUCUGCUUAAAAUACACAAUGCUAUUUGUUUAGAUAGCAUUUCACACCUACUGAGUGGUGAAGAAGUCUGUAUGCAGUCCGAAACACCAUCACUGUUGACCACCACUGUGUCAACCAUCUUUUAGGGGAAUAUGUAUUCAGACGCAUCAGCCCAUCUGAUCCCGCAAGGUUUCAUGUUAUGUACAGCACCCUUUUGCUUGAGUGGGGCAUGAUCCAGAGUCCUUGCUGGAUCAGGGUACCUGUCUGUCAUCACCCCACUUGUGUCCUCUUCACAGCUUUCAGAGGGAGCUGUUCUAAAAGGGAAACGAGGAUGAUGAAAGAGCAGUCUUUUCUUGUUACAUCUGUGAAUUGGAAUGAUUUAAAUUUUGGCCCAGGCGCAUCCCACCCCCUCCCCCCUCAUUAGAAAGGGACCAUGUACAGGUUUUCCAAUUGUCUGCUUUGCUGCUGUCGAUUCCUAAUUGUACAUUCCAUAAAUAUCUCAAAUAUUUGAAGGACUGGGAUGAAAUUCUGCUUUUUCAUUUAGCAAAUUCUCUCCCUGAUGUUUACCUUGGUUUUUUUUUUGUAGGGAAAGAUUGGGGAUCAUUACAAAAUGGUUAUAAAAUACAGAGAUUUUUUUUAAGAAGGGGCUUAGGACAAUUAACAGUGUAUGAAAAAAGGACAGUGAAAAUAGGAAAGUUAGAUUCAAACUUUUCAGGUGGGCAUAAAAUCACUUUCUGUCUGAGAGACUUCUGAGCCAGGGAAAGAAUCCCCAUGACAGAAGUGAGUAGGGAUCUUGGUCGAUUUCUUGUGUCACCUAUCACUACAUGUCUAAUUUUUGGGAAGACAAUUUUCUCCAUCUGGAACCAUGGAUUUGGUGUGGUAAAAAAGAUAAUAAAUUAGGUUUCUAUUUCUGCUUACAAGAGUAUUCUGAAAUUUAAUCUCUUGAAUGAAUGCUCCCGUCAAUAGAAAAGAAGCUGGAUUAACUCAUUAUGUCCAGCCAUGGUGCCAUCACAAUGACAGGGAUGUGUUGGAGAGUAGAUUCUGGACUAGGUAAAAUUAGGGAUGAAAUUAUGUCCAAAAAAAUCUGAUUCAGAAGUGUCCACACAAUGUAUUCCUGAGGAAUACCAGAUAAUUCAAUCUCAUAUUUUUGUAAGCAUGGGUCACUUUGUAAACUUUAAUUUACCCAGAAUAAUUCCAGAAAAUUCAGACUUUCCCCCCUUUGGGUGGUCAAAAACAAUUUAGAGGUUUAAUCCUUGUAUAAUAUAAUGUUAUCUAAACCCCAACUCAACAAUGAAGUGAAUUCACUUCUGAGCACCACAAAACUCUUUCUAUUUCGAGUAACUUUAGAUCUGAACCACCAGCAGCAAUCUUACCAAGUGACUUGAAUUUCUAAGAACCUACCAUGAGUAACUCUGAUCUCUAAAGCACAAAUUGUGUUCAGCGAAACCAUGAUAACCCAAUUCCUUCCUUCCUUCCUACUUUUAGGAAUCCUGCUUUACAAGGCCAGAAGCACAAUAUGGCAGACAUGCCAUAAUUAUUUCUGCUGCCAUGAUUGUUACACUGCUAAAAUUAACAGAGUUAACUGUGUUACAUUAGAAUUAUUCCAUACCAUGUAGUCCUGCUCCAAUAAAAAUGUUUGCAUGGAGCAUUUCUAGUGUGAUAACAAGAUUAUUAUUUUUUGGCAGGAUGUGACACGAUGCACAUUUAUGUCUUAGUACAGCAUUUCAUCCUAGUCCUGAUUAAAUACAGUCCAAGAUUUUGUUUUCACAAGCAAACUCAUUUUAUGGUGCUCUUUGUAUUUUAGAACUGCAAAGCAAAGUAACAUUGAUUUCAGUUGUUUGCAUUUGUACCGGCAAGGGAAACUAUUUUUAUUACCUUUUUCUAUUACUUAUUGUAUGAGCUUUUGUUGUUUACUUGGAGGUUUUGUCUUUUACAAGUUCGGAACUAUUUAUUAUUGUUUGGUAUUUGUGCCCCAUUUUUUUUAAAAAUGGGAGCACUUCUUUUUAUUAUGGAUAAAAAUGUUGAGAUGGCAGGAGGUCAUUUCAAUAUCACUUAGUGAAAUAUUUAUUGUUCCUUUUAUUCUCUGUACAAGACUUUUUGGCCUCUUUCCCCCCUUUAUUGUCACAUUGUUGAGUUCAGCAUGUGUCUACCAUUUCAUUUGUACGCUCGUUCAAAACAACGUUUGUUCCAGUUUCAAGUUAUUAAAAUAAAUAAAUAAAUUGGACAUUGACUUGAUCUCCAAA